AUGGUCCAGCGCGCCCUCUCCCUAAGAAGGGGCAAUCCGAUCCCCCUGGAGAUUGACACCGUCGCCACAGCGGCCUCGACGCCGGCCUAUUCCACGAUUCCCGUGCACACUGCCGCCACCACCGCGACGCGACGCGACCCGCAGCUGCCCCAUUCGCGGCACCAUCAGCUGCGCAGGUCGAGCAGUGUCAGCAGCCGGGUCAGCACCGCCUCUUCCCGGGACCACAACAGGGAUCUUUACGAUGGCGGAUCUGUGGUAAUCUUGGAUGAUGAUAUUGAUGAGGAAAAGGAGUUGGAGGGAGAGAGGGAAGGGCCAAAGGGGGAGGAUACAAGCGCGACAAUGUGA